AUGUCUGAAAGCAUAGAAUAUUGGUCUUCUUUUGUCACUACUGAAGAUAACAAUGUAAGAAUUUUUAAAACACCCACUCAGCCUUUGCUUCCUAAAAUAUAUUAUAAUUCUGGAGGUGAUAAAGAGUAUAUAGCAUGUUCUUCUGAAAACAAACCUUUUGUUGGAAUGAUAUUUGAUACCCUUCAAGAUGGUAUUGCCUUUUAUUACAAAUAUGCUAAUGAGUGUGGAUUUAAAGUCCGUUCUAGUACUACUAAAUCACAAAAGAAUAAGAAUGAUCCUACUGGUAAAGGAGUUACUAUAAUUAAAUAUUUAUUAUGUAGCAAAGAAGGGUAUGUGACAAAUAACAAAAAACCUGGUAAACAAGUUGAAGGUGCUUGUUUAAAGAGAAUGACUGUGAAGAGAGUUAGUUGUCCUGCUAAGAUAAAAUUUAGGUUUUGUACUGGUGGGAAGAUCAUGAAAGAACUUUGUGUUGGGUUUCAAAAUGUCACGGGCAGUAAAAAUGAUUUCAAAAAUUUUUCUAGGGACUUGAAAGUUUAUAUCUCUAAUGUUGAUGGUGCAAUGCAUUUGACUCGUGUCUUUUGGGCUGAUGCUAUUGGUAGAAGAGAUUAUCAAUUAUUUGGGGACUCUUUAUCUUUUGAUUCUACCUAUGAUACAAAUAAAUAUUCAUUGGUUUUCUGUCUUGUUACUGGUGUUGAUAAUCACAAGAGAUGUGUUACAUUUUGUGUUGCUCUAUUUUCUAAAGAAGACAUAGAUUCUUUUGUGUGGCUAUUUCAAACUUUUUUGAAGUGUAUGGGAAGAGAACCCUCUUGUAUUAUCACUAAUCAAGAUCAUGCAAUGGGUAUUGCCAUAGAAAAGGUUUUUACCAAGACUAAACAUAGGCUAUGUAUGUGGCACAUAAUGAGGAAGGUACCUGAAAAGGCUGAAACUGCUUUUUGUAAUGAAAUUGAUUUCCUAAAAAAGUUAAGUGCAUUAGUUUGGGAUAGAGAGAUUGAUCCUCGUGUAUUUGUUGAUGACUGGAAUAGUGUUAUGGAGGAGUUUAACCUUGUUGAUCAUGAGUGGUUUGCAUACAUGUUCAAGAUUAAACAUCUUUGGAUUCUUGCAUAUUUUAGGGACCUAUUUAUGGGUGGGUUACUGUGUUCUACAUCUAGGUCUGAAGGUGAAAACAAUUUCUUUUGUAAUUUUACAAACCCUCAUGUGACUUGUGUUGAAUUCUUUGUCCGUUAUGAAACUGCUCUGGAUGCUCAAAGGCAUGAACAGGAUGAGUUGUACAUGCUUAAUAAACUUGAGCCUCAAUUGGUUACUAAUUUACACUUGGAAAAGCAUGAUGUUGUUGUUUAUACUCGUUGCAUAUUUUAUGAUUUUCAAGAAGAAUGCCAGGAAGCCUGUUUUCAUGUGGUGUUGAAAGUUGUAGUUCUCUGUAUGGAGAUGUUGUUUGUUAUGAAAGGCAAGUGUAUACGAGAAAUUCCUGAUGCUUAUAUCUUGAAUCGUUGGAGAAAAGAUGUUCUAAAGAAAGCUUCUGUCAUAGAUGUUGCAAUGGAUGAUGCUUCUAAGUAUGAUAAGAAGAAGCAAUUGGUCAGUGAUGUAUGGUCCAAGAUUUUCAGUUGUGUGAGUUUAACUGACCAAUAUGAGGAUGAUUUAUCUGAGCUUAUUAGGACAUUAUCUUCAUUUGAGGAGCAGAUGAUAUCAAAGAAUAAUCCUGAAAAUGCACCUAGUUCAAAAGAGGUGAAAGAUGCUGAUAUUCAAGUUUUGGUUGGGUCAAAUGAAGUUGAUGUAAAUGUCUUGCCUCCAAAUCAGUGUCUUAAUAAAGGUUCUGCCAGAAGUUCAAAGAGGUUGAAGAGUGCAAAAGAAAUAGCUACUGAAGAAAAAUCUAAAAAAGGCAGAACUUGUAGAGCUUGUGGGCUGGUGUUUCCCAUGACAGUAGAAACUGUCCAAACAAGUAGUCUUUUAGGCAUUUUACUCUUAAGUGUGGUUUAUUUACUUUAA